CAGAGUCCCCUAUGUCUCACUAUUACUCUUAACGACUCCGAAGCAGCCAAACCGACGGCAUUCCCAAAAAUUUAAUGACUCCGUCUUCGCACUUUUUAUCUCAAGAAUUUUUUCAACAUUCACAAAGAGUCAUGUGAUCUACAUGUGUCAGACAAUAUGUGAUCGACAGGGGGUAACUUCAGCAUACUAGUAGAGAGGAUGAGAUAGGCAAAUUUUCCUCAGACUCGAUGUCGUCAGGUCCAACUGUUGUUCAGACGCAAGUCGUAAACUAUGUCCUGCCUAUUGUGGCGUCUGUCGUCACGUCCUUCCGCUUGUACUGUCGCGCACGGCGAAGUCUUCUGUGGAUCGAUGACGCAUGGGCAGCCUGCGCCAUGCUAUUCAAUAUUGGCCUCAUGGUUUCCAGUGCUUUGUAUCUGAGAGGCUAUGUGUUGCACCCUCAAUGGGCAAAGGUGGCACUCUACUACACGUUAUCACAAUGCUUUUAUGGAGUUGUUUGGUGUUCCCGGUUAUCCAUUUUGUUUACAGUUGUGCGUCUGGCAUACUGGGGGACCCAGAGGAGGAUACUUAUCUGCGUCGCCAUACUUUUUGGCGUCGUAUGGGGUAUACUUUUUGCACAAGUGUGGUGGACCUGCGAAUCGAAUCCCAGUUGGAAACAGCUACCACGUCCGCAGUGCCCCCUCGGCAGAGAUGUCGCGAUAGCACAGAUCGUCACCGACGUUUUAGGGGACAUUGUCCUUAUCUUGGCACCAUUUUUGAUCAUUUACAGAGCCACAUUGACGACGGCGCAAAGAGUCCGGGUGAUUUGCCUCUUCUCCACAUCAGCAAUCACCACAGUUGUCAGUCUCACUCACGCGUAUUUCGUUUUUACUGUGGGAGAGUUAAAGGAGGCAGUGUCUGCCAUGUUCGAGGCAUCUAUAUCUUUAAUCGUCGCGAACUUAAGUGUGGUCGUUACAUUCUUCUUGCGCAUGCUCGCAGAUGAUGAAACCAUCUCGCGACCGAUCGAUUCGGGGUCUACUACUAUAGAAUUUGGAAUAGUCGUCGAGGAGCCUUAGUCUCAGCGGAAAUUGUAACAUGCUUUUAGUCGAAGAGUCUUAAGUCUAGCUCAAUAUCCUUGAAGGUAUACGGUUCACUCGGAAAUGCUAAUUUGCUCACCCAAUUAUGCAUUAACUGCGGCAACUGCGAAACUGGCUAUCUACGAACAUACAAAGUCCAAAACAUCUAUCGCCUCGGAGCUCUGUGGCAUUCUGUAGCACAAUCCAACCCGCUGAUGGGCCGCAUCACACCAUUAGAUCACGAAGAAGAUAUAAGCGUAAUGGAAAGUACAAUGCACUCAAGGUCCAUUUCUACAUAGAUAAAAAGAAAAGAAACCUGGACGCCCACGCUAGGACCGUAGGAA